AUCCCCUUCUCUAGAAGUGGAAGCGUUUCUUAUCUGCUAAAGAGAGUUAAGGCACGGUACAUUAAGAAACUAAGCAAAGAACGGCUAAUCGUCAGCCAAGUUGAGAAUGGCAAAUCUGGCUCAAGAAGAAGGCAAGAAGCCCGGCUUAAAUUCAUCCUUCAUCAAUAUCGGAGUCCAUAGCCAGGAGGCCGAUGUAGUCUUUUUCAGGAUUAAGAGAACCACACAACUUAAGAAGCUCAUGAAUGCUUAUUGUGAUAAACGAGAUCGUGAUAUCGUCUACUUCGAAUUUCUUCUUAAUGGCGAUCGCAUCAAAGGGGAGCAAACUCCUAAUGAGACAUGGCUAGACUUCAUGACCCAAACAAGUGUAAUUUCUGGAUUUCUGUUAACAGCUGGGAAUGAAGGAUGGUGAUCAGAUCGACGCUUUCACUCACUGUGAUGGAGGCGCUCUUGCUUAGUUACAAUUCAGUCUUUUCAACGAGUAGUCGUGAAUGUAAACCGUUCUAGCAUUUAGUCUGCAAUCUAUGUACUGUUUACAUUGUGGCACUUUAAAUUUGAAGAUGAUUCGGUGAUGCUGUGGAUGUAUCAGAAGUUAUUGUUUAUAAAUAGAAUAAUUCACUGUUCUGUACAGGCUAGACACAUGUCAAGGUGGGUGGGUGGGUGAUUAUUUAAAAAAAAUAAAUUCACCACUCCACUUGCAUGUGUGAGUGGCCAUGUAUAGUCAGCUCGGUUGUUAUGAAUACAGUUA